AUGGCUUUAAUCGAUCUCGCGGACCUCCGGCUGCUUCUUGCAGCUGGUAUUAUUGUCUUAGUCGGUUGGGUCGCUUGGUCAAUCAUGGCAGACAUUAUGAUUCAGAGGAAAUAUCGAUUUCCGAAUCUAGUUCCUGGAUUACCCUUGAUUGGUAACGCGCUCCAGAUACCAAAAAUUGACCAGGGGCCUUAUCUGCAGAAGCUGGGCCGUCAAUAUGGAGAGAUGUUCACCUUGAAAUUCGGAUCGACAUAUUGGGUGGUUGCGAACUCACGACGGGUAGCUUAUGAACUGCUAGAGAAGAGAGCAUCGAUUUACUCAUCCCGAAUGAGUCUUCCUAUGGCGCAUCACAUUGUCUCUGGGGAGAAACGUAUGGUCUUGAUGCCCUAUGGCGAGUCAUGGCGUCUUCAGCGAAAAUUGAUGCACCAAGUUUUGAAUAUUAGCCAACAACGCAUCUUCAAACCGUUCCAGGAUCUUGAAUCUAGAGCUCUGAUGUAUGAAUUGCUGGAGCAGCCUCAAAACUGGUACCUAUCUCUAGGACGAUUCUCGAGUUCAGUCAUCUUGAACGUCACGUUUGGACGCCGAACAAGUCAUGGAGACCCGAGAUUCUUGGCCAUCUUCAAAGCGCAGGAGGAAUUCGUUCCAUAUACAAUGCCUGGUGCAUCAAUCGUCGAUUCAUUUCCCUUCUUGGCGAGAAUCCCGGUGCUAAAGAAGUUUCAGCCAUGGAGAUGGAAAGGAGAUGCCAUCUACGAAAGAACAAUAACUGCCUUCAAACAAUUUCUUGAUGAUCUUGAACGCCGGGUCAAGGAGGGCAAACAGAAGGAUUGUUUUAUGACCCAACUGCUUGCUUCCAAGGAAGCGAAGUUUACAAGAGACGAGACCGCUUUCAUUGCCGUGACCCUCCUCGAAGCUGGCAGUGAUACAACACGUAACAGUCUGCUAGAGGUCGUGGCAGGCACGGCUUUGUAUCCAGACUGGGUUCCACGUGCACGAGCAGAGCUCGAUGAAGUUUGUGGAAAGAAUGCCGAGAGGUUACCGACAUUUGACGACAUCGAAAGAUUGCCCAUGAUCAGGGCUGCCGUCAAGGAAGCAGUGCGCUGGAGACCCACAAACACUCAAACGGGAGUUCCACAUGCCUUGACCGCAGACGAUGAAUUCGAAGGCUAUCGUUUCCCAAAGGGCACAGUUGUGACUUGGAAUCAGUGGGCGAUUGCCAAUGACCCGAACGAGUACGAUCAGCCAGAACGAUUUUACCCGGAUCGUUUCCUCGAUGAAGAGCUCGAUAAGCCCCAAAAAGGCCACCUUGGGUUUGGGGCAGGUCGGCGUAUGUGUGUUGGGUACAACGUCGCGGCGAGCAACCUAUUCAUUGCAAUCUCACGGCUGAUCUACUGUUUCGAUAUUGAACAAGAUCAAGCUCAUCCGAUAGUGGUCGACAAACCAUUCCCGCUCACGGCAGUAGUCGAGCCGUACAAAGUGAAGUUCAAGCCGCGAAGCGACGCACAUCGGCGUCUGAUCAUCAGGGAGUGCCAAGAGGCAGCAGUCAUUGACUCGAAAGCCUGA